AUGAAGGUUGCUCCCUUGGUGGUGGUGUUGUUCAGAGACACAGAGGAUUUCGCCUCUGCUAUCUUACAAGCUCUCCACCCAAACUCUUCUUCCUCCUUCGUCCGCAAAGAGGAAUCCUUCCACCACUCACUCGAGCCUUAUGGAAUCAAGCACCUCAAUGCAUCUGGGAGCGUUUCGCACUUCGUUGAUGAUCACGGCGCUUAUAAGGUGUCAAUUGUGGUUGUGGAGCAUUAUGAGCCACCAGUACUGGCUUGUGCUCUUAAUGAGGUCCUUAAUAAAAUUACUGCAGAUAAAUCAUCCCUGAUGCCUACACUUUUGGUACCAUUUUUGGUGGAAUCUUCCAAUGUUAAAGGGCACAUUAGAUCCCUAGGAUCAGAUGAAAGCAAACCUUUAAUAUUUGGAAUGCAGAUUGGUCAAAAUACAGACAUAAUGCAGGCCUUAAUCAACAAAACCCAGGAGCCACCAUCAUCUUUACAUAUUCAACAUGAAAUUUUUGCAUCUUUUCUUCACUUUGUUCGUGUAAUGCAGUUACCAUCCUUUUUUCUAAUUGGACAAACUAGUCAAUAUUUGGACAAUAAAUCCACCGAACAGCAUGAGAUAAUUCAUGCUAUAGGUGAGAUUUUGGCUAGUGCUACUGGUCUGCAGUUUUCGAAAGACAGAGUGGUAUGGGAUCCAAAAAAGACAUCAAGGGAAAGCAAAGAGCCAUGGCGUGCAUUAUAUGGUUGA